AUGUCAUCAGAAGCGUCCGCAGGCAAGGCGCAGUCUGUGCUUGACUUUGUGGCGCAUGUUCAAGAACGUCUGAGCAAAGAUGCAGAUGCAGAUGGAGAUGCAUCCUCUCAAGAAUGCCCUGAUGUCCUCUUCUACAUACGAGCCUUACCUCUCCCACGAAAAGAGCUCAGCCCGAAUCAACGAUUGGAGUUCGACCGGAAAGGCGCCGCAAUCUGGAACACUUGCUGCAAGCUGGUCACGAAGACUGGGACCCUGCAGUAUUCUGCACACCUGGCUGAGGCCACUGGCCGACUUGAGACUGCGGCUAGGAUUGUGGAACAGAUUGCCUCCAAACAAGAGAGCAUGUCAUGGGCGCCGCAAGGAGCAGUCCGGAACAAUGGCUAUGUCGUCGACGAUCUGAAAGAGCAGUAUUUGUUGUUGCGAGUGGCACUGGCUUGGAAGCAGGAUCGCCUUGAUUUGGCUGAGCACUUUUAUGCCCAAAUCGAGCCACUUCAGGCAAACCUCAAUUCGGAUCGGACGGUUCAGCUAAUUGACCUCUGCUACGAGAUCGGCGAUGAUCAGGUUACCCGCAAGCAUGGCAGUCGUGCUGCGAAAUGGUUGAAGAGGGCUUGCACAGUGUGCAGCUUUAAGAACGCCGAAACUACGGAUGUCGAUAUACAGGACCUGAGACUCACCUUGCUGCACACUUACGUCAGAGCACUUCUUUUACAAGAUGGACCCGAAACCGACGAUGAGGCACACAGAACACUCCUGGUCUUGCGCGAAGUACUCACUUGA